UCCCGCCCCCUUAUAUCUCAGAAUGUCCCCCGCCGGCCUCCAGCCUUCAGGUUAAUUCCCAGUAGGCUGCCCUGCGCGCCGCCUGAGAGCCACCUCUGAUUCCCGGAGCCAGGAACAGGAGCCAUGAGCAAUGCCUAUUACCCAGCAGCCUCCGGGGCUCCUAAAGGGAAGAGGAAGGGCUUAACGAGAACCCUGCGGGGCCUCGGAUAGCUCCGAGCAGGCUUAAGAAGGGCAGCAGGAAAGGGGCGGGGUCCUUCAGAGCCCGGAAGCACGUGUCCUGCGUACCCGCGUGGGCAGGAAGUAGCUGCAACCGCCUCUGUUACCCAACUUGUAGUAAUCCAACCCUGAACCCGGGCAGCCAUGGGGGGCUUGGAGAAGAAAAAGUAUGAGAGGGGAUCUGCAACCAACUAUAUCACCAGAAACAAAGCCAGGAAGAAGCUGCAGCUGAGCCUUCCUGAUUUCAGACGCCUGUGUAUCCUGAAAGGGAUUUACCCUCAUGAGCCCAAACACAAGAAGAAGGUUAACAAGGGUUCUACAGCCCCGAGGACCUUCUACCUCCUAAAGGACAUCAAGUUUCUCCUCCACGAGCCCAUAGUCAACAAGUUCCGGGACUAUAAGGUGUUUGUGAGGAAGUUGCGGAAAGCCUAUGGGAAAAGUGAGUGGAAUACUGUGGAGCGCUUGAAGGACAACAAACCCGCUUACAAGCUUGACCACAUCAUCAAGGAGAGAUACCCCACCUUCAUUGAUGCCCUGCGAGACCUGGAUGAUGCUCUGUCCAUGUGCUUCCUGUUCUCCACCUUCCCCCGGACCGGCAAGUGCCAUGUGCAGGUCAUCCAGCUGUGCCGGAGACUGACCGUGGAGUUCCUCAACUACAUCAUCGCCUCCCGUUCCCUGCGCAAGGUCUUUCUGUCAAUCAAAGGGAUCUACUACGAGGCUGAGGUGCUGGGCCAGCCCAUCGUGUGGAUCACUCCGUACGCCUUUUCCCACAACCAUCCAACAGAUGUGGACUAUCGAGUCAUGGCCACCUUCACUGAGUUCUACACCACCCUCCUGGGCUUUGUCAACUUCCGCCUCUACCAGACACUCAACCUCCACUAUCCCCCCAAGCUCGAGGGGCCCGGAGAUAAAGACUCCAAAGAUCAGGACGAAGGGGCCUACGCCAUGGACUCUGAGAGCUGCCUGGAGAAACUAUCAGCCCUGAGUGCCAGCCUGGCUCGCGUGAUGGUACCUGUCACAGAGGAGGAGGUGGAGAUGGAUGAAUUCCCUGCUGAUGGGGAGAAUGCCGAGCAGGAGGAGGGCCUGCGGAAGGAGCGGGAGGCCCAGGAGAUGCACAAGAAACUGUUUGAGGGGCUGAAGUUCUUCCUGAACAGGGAGGUUCCUCGGGAGGCCCUGGCCUUCAUCAUCAGGAGUUUCGGAGGGGACGUGUCGUGGGACAAAUCUGUGUGUAUCGGAGCCACGUACAGUGAGAAUGAGCCUUCCAUCACCCAUCACAUUGUGGACCGGCCCACGCAGCCCAACCCUGUCCUCGGCAGGUACUAUGUCCAGCCCCAGUGGGUGUUCGACUCUGUCAAUGCCCGCCUCCGGCUUCCGGUGGAGGAAUACUUCCCAGGGGUGCUUCUGCCCCCCCACCUCUCGCCUUUUGUGACAGAGAAAGAAGGAGACUAUGUCCCCCCAGAGAAGCAGAAACUUCUGGCCCUGCAGCGGGGCGAGACCCCCGGAUAUGUGAAUGAGUCAGAGGACGAGGAUUCGGAGGAAGACGAGGAGGGAGAAAGCGAUGACCAGGAGGAGGAAGAGGAGGAGGAGGAAGGUUCAGAGAAGGAGGAGGAGGUCAAGCUGAAGGUGAUGGAAGAGCAGAGAACGCAGGGAAAGAAGGUAGGGGUGACCAUGGGCACCUUGAAGCUGGAGGACAAGCAUCGCCUGGAGCAGGAGGAGGCCAAUGAGGCCAAGAGGCUGGCCAUCAUGACCAUGAAGAAGAGAGAGAAGUACCUGUACGACAAAAUCAUGUUUGGCAAAAGGCGCAAAGUGCGCGAGGCAAACAAACUGGCCCAGAAGAGGAAGGCCCAUGAUGAAGCGGUGAAGGCCGAGAAGAAGAAGAACAAGAAGGCACGGAGGGCCUGAGCCCGGCCUGCCUGGGCCCCUGUUCUGGGAUCUUGCUCCAGGCUUGGGCACAAGGAGUUUCUGCCUUUUCUCCCAACCUCCCCGCUUGGCUGGGGCUCGGACUGACUCUCUGGUCGAGGGGCUUCAUGGGGAAUCCUUCCUGGGCUUCGGUUCUCGGCCUUUGCCAAUGUCCUGUUGGGGUUCCAGCGAGGAUCCUGACUGUGCCCGUAGGCACCGCUGGUUUCCCACAUUGGAGGCAGGAAGAUGGAAGGCCCAGAGGUCCAGAGGCCCUGUGGCAGCUGAGGGCAGGGCACCCCCUGUAUCAGGGCUGCCCCCACCCCACCCUGUGUAUAUAGCCUGAAUCUCUGGGCUUCCCUCCCUCUCAGGUCUGGGACUCACUUUAGAUCUAGGGAAAUGUUUCCAAAUAAAUGUGGAUUGGUUCAGCCCACCAGGCUGUCCUGAGCCUUCCUGCUUCUGGACAGGGCACUGGGGGUGGGGGGUGUCUCUGUAUGGAUCAGUUUCCUCAUCUGUAAAAUGGGAUACCAACACCUACUUCACAGAAUUGUAUCAAAUGAAAUAAAAUAUGUAAAGACUUGGCAAA